AUGUUGCGACUUAUCCUUUCUUCCCUCCUUGUCUUGGGAGCAGCUGCCGUUCCAGCUGCUAAAGAGCUUUCUGAGCGCCAGCUGCCUACCUAUACUCUUAAGGUUACUGGGUCUGGUAUCGCUGCAGACACUUUCCUCAAGAUCACAGAGGUUGAUGGAACAAACUAUGUCGGACUCGUCCCAUCCACUGACGCCUCCACAUUCAGCUAUGAUGCUGCAACUAGCGAACUGAGUGCUGUCGAUGAUGCCGCAGUCACUCUCUUCUCCCAGUCGUUCUUGAACCAGGGUGAUGUGUAUGAAGAAACACCUGCCCCAGUUUCCUUCAGGAACGAGACAGACAUCAACGGCUGUGUCGACACCAACGAAUGUGGUUUCGAAUCUUGGACAUUGGAUCCCGCAUCUGGAGCUCUCGGCGUUGUUAGAACCACAUCUCCUAAUCUCUAUGCCUGCGAUGAUGGUGCUCAGUAUCUGCUCUGGAUCGGACCUACCACCUGGGUUACUACUUUUUGCACACCCAUUUCCCUCUCUGCUGUUUAA